GCCUGCUUCAGCUCCCUCCCUGGCCUCUCCCUCUCGUUGCCAUAAAAGAUUCCAAGCUUGCCCGGCCCGCCGAUCCUACUGCCAUUAAAGUCGGCAAGCGGCGUCGGCGGCAGCAGCCUGAAACCAGGGGAAACCGAACCACCACGGUCAACUAUCUAUCUAUCUGCAAUCUCCAUCCAUCUCCUCCCACACCCACUGACCAACCACAGCACAGCAGCCUCAAGAUGCUUUACAUGGUGUAGCCGGCAAGAACCUUCCCUCCCGGGCGCAAAGGGGCUCUCUCUCCUUUAAUUUCCUUCAAGAGGGGAUAGAUAGCCCCUCUUUCCCCCACCUGCAUCUUCCCUCCGGUUGCGCGCUGUCCCUCUUGUUGGUUCUUGGCAUCGAUCGUCGGUUUUCGCGCCGCCUGCGGAAAUGGCGGCGGGGCUGCUGCUCAAGAUGGUCGGCUUCUGCUUCUGGGCGCUCUUCUGGCUCGCCGGCUCCGCCACCGUGAGCACGACCACCCCCGCCCUCGCCGGCGGCGGCGAGGCGGUGGUCGUGGACGCCCGGUCAGCCAUCGCCGUCACGGACGACGACUUCGUCUGCGCCACAUUGGACUGGUGGCCGCCGGAGAAAUGCGACUACGGCACCUGCAGCUGGGGCCUCGCCUCCCUCCUCAACCUGAAUCUCUCUAACAAAAUCCUGGUGAAUGCCGUCAAAGCGUUCUCUCCUCUGAAGCUCCGGCUGGGCGGCUCUCUGCAAGACAUGCUGAUAUACGGCACCGGCGACACUCGCCAGCAGGCGCCCUGCGCCCCGUUUGUGAAGAACGCGUCAGCCAUGUUCGGUUUCUCGCAGGGCUGCCUGCCGCUGCGUAGAUGGGACGAGCUCAACGCGUUCUUCCAGAAAACCGGGCCAAGGAUCGUUUUUGGGCUGAAUGCGCUGAAUGGCCGGGUCCCGAUGCCUGAUGGUUCUUUAGGGGGGCCGUGGAAUUACACGAACGCAGCUUCUUUCAUUCGCUACACCGUGAGCAAGGGAUACGAUGUACAUGGAUGGGAGCUCGGAAAUGAGCUCAGUGGCAGCGGAGUCGGGGCUCGAAUCGACGCGGACCAGUACGCAGCAGACGUGAUCGCUCUGAAACACAUCGUCGACAGCGCCUACCAAGGCAAGCCAUCGAAGCCUCUCGUGCUUGCGCCAGGAGGCUUCUUCGACGCAACCUGGUUCACCGAACUCGUCAGCAAGACAAAGCCCGACCAGAUGGACGCGAUCACGCACCAUAUCUACAAUCUAGGCCCCGGGGUUGACGACCAUCUGGUUCAGAAAAUCCUUGACCCUUCUUACCUCGACGGCGAGGCGAGCACGUUCAGCAACCUUCAGGGGAUACUCAAGUCCGCAGGCACGUCCGCUGUCGCCUGGGUUGGCGAGGCUGGAGGCGCGUACAACAGUGGCCACCACCUUGUCACUGAUGCGUUUGUGUUCAGCUUCUGGUAUCUGGAUCAGCUUGGGAUGUCGUCGAAGUACGACACGAAGAGCUACUGCAGACAGACCUUGGUUGGAGGCAACUAUGGCCUGCUCAACACAAGUACAUUUGAACCAAACCCUGACUAUUACAGUGCUUUGCUGUGGCACCGCCUCAUGGGCACCAAGGUCCUCUCGACGGCAUUCAACGGCACGAACAAGAUCCGUGGCUACGCACACUGCGCGAAAAACUCGGAAGGGAUCACUCUGCUCCUGAUCAACCUGGACGGCAGCAGCACGAACCGCAUCUACGUGACGAGCCAAGGCGCGCACGCCCAGAGCGGAAGGAAGAAGGGGAGCGAAGGGCUCGGCGAAGCAGCAGCAGCCGCGCUCACGAGACAGGAGUACCAUCUGACUCCCAAGGACGGGAACCUGCAGAGCCAGCAGGUGCUGCUGAACGGCAACGCCCUGGCAACCGACGCCGACGGGGAGAUCCCGGAGCUGGAGCCCGUGCAGGUGGAGGGGACGCAGCCCAUAACCGUGGGCCCUUACUCCAUCGUGUUUGCUCACGUCCCCAGCUUCUACGCUCCUGCGUGCCUGUAGCUAGAGUUUUCGUCUGGAUUUUUUUUUUCCAGCCUUUCUCGGUGUGCAUCUCGUAGGUUAGGUAAGUCUGUCCGGGGUGAACGGCGAAGCUUGUUCAUCUCUGCUCAUAGUCCGUGAAGUGUGUAAGCUGCGAGGCUGGAAGGUUUGUGGUUUAUGAUUGUUUGGGAAAGGAGUGGUCAGAUAUAUAAUGUGUGAGCAAAAGAAGGAAGGAAGCUGGAAAUGAGAUAAU